CUGAAAUUUCCCACAAGAUAAAGUGGUUGAAAUUGAGCACAACACCAUGGGCAGCCACAUGGAAGAGGACAUUCUUGAAAAGGAUUUCAGGAUGUUAACAUCUCUAGGGUGUGGUUCAUUCGGGGAGGUGAAGCUGGCCUGCCACCUUCCCACACAUACACGAGUGGCUGUCAAGGUCCUUGAGAAAAACACCAACAGUGUGGCUGACAUCAGUACUGAAGUGAACAUCCUUCAGUCACUGGAACACAGGAACAUCGUUCGAUUUUUUGACAUGAUCGACACACUGUCAACCACUUACGUGAUUAUGGAGUAUGUGGCAGGAGAAGAUCUGGAGAGCUGCCUCAGGGCACGGGGCUGUCUAAAGGAGGAGGAGGCUAGAGGGAUUUUCCGGCAGGUGGUGUCAGCGGUUCACUUCCUCCACCAGAGACACAUCGCACACCGUGAUAUUAAAUUGGAAAACAUCCUAGUCGAUGCAGCAGGAAAUGCAAAGCUUUGUGACUUUGGGAUGGCGAUUGAAAUCACAGAGGGGCAGAUGUUGCAGGAGAUCUGUGGCUCCUUGCUCUAUUGGGCCCCAGAGAUCUUGGCAAGAAAGCCCUAUGAUGGACUGGCAGGUGAUAUGUGGAGCUUGGGUAUCGUUCUAUAUGUCUUGAUCACAGGGCACUUUCCAUACAUGGAAGAAACCCUUGAUGGUAUGCACAGACUCAUCACCACCACAAUGUGUCCCAUUCCCUACCAUCUGUCCAAACCCUGUCACAUCAUCAUUGCCCGACUACUCAUGGUCCCCACCUGGUUCCGAUUCACAAUCUCUCAGCUUGUGGAACGACCAUGGCUGGGCCCCAUUCAACAACAUGUACUGCCUGCCACCAAAGAAAUCCUGCCCAGGGUCGUGGAGACUAUGUGCACCAUCGGCUAUACCUGUGAGGAGAUUGUGUCAUCCCUAACUCACAGGCGAGAAGAUAAUCGUGUAAUGGCUACGUGCAACAUUCUCAAAUAUCAGCUGAGUUGUGGGGACAGCCAUCUUCAAGAUCAGGUGCCCUGGCUAACUAGCAGCCCAGCAGAUCCUGUUCGCCUCCCUCUCCCCUUGAAGAGAGCCAGUGAUCCAGCAUUUACAACCAGUACACAUGCUGGGAAGGAUCACUUUAAGGAGGAGGGUGUGGAAGAAAGAGGCAAAAGAUGCAGAAGCUACACCAUGCCUCAUAGACUCUCCUUCCUGGAGGCGAUGCCCGGUUCAGACAACACAGUCCCAGAAAGAGAUGCUCUUGUGGCUGACGUCAUCAACACUCCUGCAGAGGACAUUGCAGUCAACAGGAAUUCUGUUGACCCCCUACCUGGCAAUCUCUCCUCCCCUGAAUCAGUCUUGGAUGCAACACCCACAGUAUUUCUCAACCUGGGCUUCUGUGAAGAAGAUUCAUCCCAGGAGCCAGACAUUCCCAGUGACCAGCCCCAGGUGGCACCCACAACAUCUGGAUCCAGGCCAUUCAGGGUCUGGGAACUGGUGAGGAAGCAAAUUCUCUAUGCACUGAGAGCACUGUGGUGCUGCCUGCCCACCCGAAGUGUGGAAACUGAAAUGGCCCAAUAGAAUUCCAGACCUGGUGAGGAGUGACUGCCACAGAAGUGAGCCAGAACUCAUCUCCAGUGUGCCAGCUCCCUCCAACCCAGGGCAACAGGCUCCUGCCUCCAUUCAUCCUCCAGCUAUUGGGUCUGAGCUGCCACUUUGCAUCUCUUUCAGCUUAAUCCAGCCUCAGAACUGUUGUGGAACAACUGGGGGUCAUAAGUCACUUGGACCCCAUGACCCUCUCUACCUUCCUAGCUUUGGUUGUGCUUGUAGGACCACUCACACUGCAUGGAAAACAGCAGCCUCUACCACCAGGAAGGAUUUUUAUACCAAUCUAGGCUGCUCAUCAUCUUGGUCACUUUAACCCUCCAACUUACUCUGUGACUGCCUUAUGGACAAAACAGCAAG